AUGCCUCCCUCCCUGAGCACUCAUCCCUCAUUCACCCGUCCUCGGACUAGCUACCGCGAUGGCAGGCCCAGCACCCGCGACCAGGGCGCUGACCAGAACCUCUUGAUUCCCAGCGGGACAUCUUCGGUGCACUCGCGCAUCACUCAGCCCAUUCCUUCCACCCUCAACCUCAAGCCUCAGCAGCGCACCCCCAAGACUCUUACUCAUGCCUACAUAGUCUGCGGUGUUGGCCGUGAACCCUCCCAAUGGGUCAAGGCUCCUCCCCCAGCUCAGGGCAAGAUCGGCCACAUGAAGGGUGCCGUCGGCCAGUUCUGGCUUCCAGAGAUCUUGGGCAGCAGCCCGCGUCUUGAGCAAGACAAUGAAAUUGCCCGUGCUCUUCAUGCCGCCAUGGGGGCUAUCCUGUCCUGCUUCCCCCACGAUGUCGAGAUCUGCACUGGCCGAAGCCAGCCUCACUGCGUUCACCACGCCUUCGUUCUUCAGCAAGAAUCUUCUCACACUCUCUACGGCAUUUGCCUCCGUGUGUGGUCGCGAGGGGACGAGAAGAGGGCAGAGACCAUACGUGACUUUCGCAAGAGGACCGAGAACGACUACUACGACAACCCCGAUGAGACCUACUGGAUCCCUUACUGCCUGUCCUUCCUCUCGCGAUAUCCUCUGUACAACCUCCUUGGUGACUAUCUCCGAGGAAUGUGGAUUCACUGGAACAAGACCACCAACUUAUUCCACGCCGAGGAGGUCUCCCGCAUCCUCAGCUUCCCUGCUCCCCGUCUCAACGACCUGGUCCGCAUCGACAUGAAAGACUACGCUCUCUGCUACCAAUUCCCCUCCUUCCCGACAGGCUUCUAG